AUGCGCGCGACGACGACGGCGCGCGCGUCGACGUCGCGCGCGACGCCCGCGGCGUCGACGCGCCGAGUAACGGCGCGCGGAUUCGCGACGCGAAAGCGCGGAUUCGCGACGCGACGGCCGUCGACGCGGAUUCGCGACGCGCGACGACGCGCGGACGCGGACGACGCGCGAUCGAGCGCGCGCGACGACGACGACGACGAUGACGACGACCGAGGCGCGACCGACGGCGACGACGGGCUGUCGAGCUCGUUCGCGGACGAGGUGGCGAGACGCGGCGGCGCGCGCGCGUCGACGACGCGAGCGAAUCCGAACCCGUUCGAUCGCGACGGCGCGAGCGACGCGCCGAAACCGCCGCGGUUCGCGCCGAAUCCGAGCGCGCCGCGACGCGCGGACGAGAGCGAUCAGCUCGCGCGGUCGCGCGCGCUGCAGAGCGAGGGGCUGGAGGGAUUUCCGGCGCGCGCGACGGAACUGCUCAAGACGGGAUUCGCGGUGUUUCUCGGGUUCGGCCCGUUCGUGGCGGCGAUAUCGGUGGUGUUUUGCGCGACGUAUUUUUUGUUCGGGUCGGAUUUCAUCCACGGCGGUGAAGGGUACGGCGCGCCCGCGUUCGUGCCCGCGGAGGUGUUGCUCGGCGAGCCGACGGUGGAUCCCACGGUGCCGUUCGCGUCCGGCGACGCGCGGCGCGCGUCGUGA